AUGGCUUCGCGUGCUUAUGACGUAGUAUUGUACGGAGCUACCGGUUUCACAGGUAGUAUGGCUGCUCAGUACCUUGCGGCGCACCCGCAAGCGCCCAAGGUGGCGUUCGCGGGUCGUAAUGAAGCCAAGAUCCGCAAUGUGAUCGCCAAGUUGACCAACGUCUCCAAGGAGCGUGUCGACUCGAUCGGUGUGUUGGUCGCUUCCGCUGAGGAUGAGGCCAGCCUUCAGCACAUGGCGCAGUCUGCCAAUGUGCUUAUUAACAUGGUUGGCCCCUACGCGCUGUACAAGGGCUUUGAGGUGGCCAAGGCGUGUGCGGAGGCUGGCACGGGCUACGUCGACCUCACGGGUGAGUCGUCGGUGUACAAGCACAUCGUUAAGGAUCUGCACAGUGUGUCGAAGCAAACCAAGGCGAUCCUUGUGCCGUCGUCGGGCUUCGACAGCUUGCCAUUUGAUCUCUCUACGUACAUGGCUGUGAAGGCUGUGCGCGAGGCGACAGGCCAAACGGCGGAUAUCGACUAUGCCCUGUGUGGCUACCUGAUCAAGGGCUCUGUGUCCGGUGGUACGAUUGCCAGUCUUGCGGAGCAGGCGAAGGAGCACGACAUUGGUUUCCGUGACCCGUACGACCUGAGCCCGAAGCGGGGUACGCAGGUGGCGAAGGCUGUAAAGGUUCGUGCUCUGCCACAGUUCGCGCACAAGUAUGGCUCGUACACGCUCUUCACACCGCACAACACUGGUGUGGCGAACCGAACGUGGGGUCUGCUGGAAGAGGCUCAGCAAGGUGAUCGUUACGGUCCCAAGUUCCGGUACUUGGAGGGUUACGUGACGCACUCUGCGGUGGGUGCGUACUUGGUCUCGUCGGUGAUGCUUCUCAUUACUUGGCUGCUCACGCACACCACGAAUGUGGGUAGCUGGAUGCGUAAGGCGGUGCCACAGGGCACAGGUGCGCCGAUGGAGAAGCAGCUGAAGGGCUUUGCCAACAUCCGCACGGUGGCCUUCGCGAACGAUGGCAAGACAAAGGGCUUGGCUACGUUCAAGGUGAAGGGUGACCCUGGCUACCUGAAGACCGCUGCUUUCAUCUCGGAGACGGCUCUGACCAUUGCCUUUGAGAAGCAGCGUCUUCAGCCCGUGGCACGACAGGGUGGUGUGCUUACGCCUGCUGCGAUGGGUGGCGAAGUACUGGCGGAGCGUCUGAGCAAGUAUGCUGGUGUGACCAUUGAGACGAAGGACGUCUCGAACUCGCUCAACAUGGCCGAGGAGAUUAAGUGA